UUAAUAUGUUCCAUUCCAAUUAGUCAAUAAUAUUAAAGUAAAACAAUAAACUCCAGUUAUCUUUUUUAGGAACAGAGAUCUCAAAAUCUUACUGUCAAAAUGAAAGGUUUGAGAGUUGAGGAAGCCUCAAAUGUCAAGUCGCGUUGUAUGUACGAUGUGUUCAUGAGUUUUAGAGGUGAGGAUACUCGUAAGACUUUUACUGAUGAGCUUUACAAAGCUUUGGUGGAUGAGGGUUAUCGAACAUUCAGAGAUGAUAAUGAAAUUGAAAGAGGGGAAGAUAUUAAAUCUGAAUUGGAUAAAGCAAUUCAUAGCUCAAAGAGUUCAAUUAUCAUCUUAUCAAAAAAUUAUGCAACAUCUAGUUGGUGCCUUGAUGAACUUGUCAUGAUUCUUGAAAACAAGAGGAAAAGAGGACAUGCUAUAUUGCCAGUUUUCUACUAUGUGGAUCCUCUCGAUGUUGGAAAGCAAAUGGGGAGCUUUGCUACUGCAUUUGCUACGCAUGAACAACGAAUAAUGGAACAAUCUGAUGAUGAAGGUAAAGAGGAGAAGAUCAAACGUUGGAGGGCAGCACUCAGGGAAGUCGCUGAUCAAAGCGGGAGUGGCAUGGUUCUACAGAGUUCAUCUAAAGAGACUGAGUUGAGAUUUAUAGAGAAACUUGUGAAAGUUACUGAAAAUAAAGUAAACCGUUCAAUCCUGAGUGUUGCUCCUUACCUAAUUGGUAUGCAUUUUCGGGUUAACAAUAUUUGCUUGUGGUUGCAACAUAAAACACAUGAUGUUGGUAUUUGGGGCAUUUGUGGUAUGGGUGGUAUAGGGAAGACAACAAUCGCCAAAUAUGCAUUUAACUCUAACUUUGAAAGUUUUGAAAGAAGCAGCUUCCUCUACAAUGUUAGAGAUUUUUCAGAGUCUACGGAUGGACUAAUUUAUCUGCAGAAACAAUUUCUUUGUGAUAUUCUUGACGGGAGGAAGAUUGACAUUCAGAGUGUUGAAGAUGGAAUGAAUCAGAUCAAAAGUGCUGUUUAUGGUAAGAGGGUUCUCAUUGUGCUGGAUGAUGUUGAUGAAGUGGAACAAUUAGCUGCUAUCGUUGGAAUGCGAGAUUGGUUUUAUUCAGGCAGUAAAAUUAUAGUGACAACAAGGCACAUAGAGUUACUAAGGGCUUGUGAAAUUGAAUUGAUUGAUCAUGUUCAGAAACUGAGCCUAGGCGAAUCUGUUGAACUAUUUAGUUGGCAUGCAUUCGGACAAGACCAUCCAGUCGAGAAUUACACCAAGUUCUUGACAAGGAUUAUAGAAUAUUGUAUUGGAUGUCCUCUAGCUUUACAAGUUUUGGGUUCUUCUCUCUCUGGUAAAAGUCUGGAUGUAUGGGAAAGUACACUGAAGAAACUAGAGGCAAUUCCUAAUAGUAAAGUAUCGAAGAAACUGCAAAUUAGUUUUGAGUUUAUACAAGAUGAUCAUGACAAAAGCCUAUUCCUUGACAUUGCUUCCUUCUUUCUUGGAAAGAAUGUAGACCAUGUUGUCACUAUACUUAAUGCAUGUGGAUAUUAUACAAUGGUUGGGCUUCAGAAUCUCCGAGAUAGAUUCUUGUUGAUAAUUGAUGAAUAUGGAAAACUGAGGAUGCAUCCAUUAGUUAGAGAUAUGGGACGAGAAAUUAUACGCCAAGAAUCACCUAAGCAUCCCGAAAGACGGAGUAGAUUGUGGCAUUUCAAGGACUCAUUUAAUGUUCUGAGAGAAAAAAUUGGUACAGAUAUGAUCCGAGGCCUGAAUGUUAGGUCUUGUGCACACAAAGAUAAGCCACCGAGAUUCUUUUAUCAUCCAACAGCACAUGAGUACUUGCAGGAAUGUGCCUACCUAAUGGGGAAAAAGAAGCUGUCAAGCCAAAGUAAUCCAUCAAGGCAACCACAACCUCGUAAAGUUCUUACUAAUGGUUCACUUGGCAAAUCAAAGAAGGUGGACAGUGUCAACACUGAUGCAUUUUCGGGUAUGCACAAAUUAAAACUGCUGCAACUUGACAAUUUAGCACUUAAAGGAAGUUAUAAGGAGUUCCCAAGGUCAUUGAGGUGGUUGUGUUGGCACAAAUUUCCAUAUAAAUGUUUACCUGAUGGCUUACCUUUGGAGAAACUGGUCGUCCUGGAAAUGCGCUACAGUAGGUUGCAUCAUCUUUUUGAAAGAAACAAGGUACUACACAAUGUUCUAAGUGCAUUAAAGAUUCUGAAUUUGAGUCAUUCAGAAGGUUUGUCCUAUACCCCUGACUUCUCAAAGCUCCCAAAUCUUGAGAGGAUAAUUCUCAAGUACUGCACUAGGUUGACUCUGAUUGAUAAAUCGAUUGGAGGACUAAAGAGACUCCUCAUUUUGAACCUGAAAUGCUGCCAAAGUCUACGGAAACUUCCCAGAUGUAUUACUAAUGUCCAUUCCCUCGAGAAGCUUAUUCUGUACGGUUGCUCAAAAUUUGAAUGGUCUUCAUUAGAGUUGAAUAAGAUGCAGUCAUUGCUAGAGCUUGAUGCCGGUGGAACUGCUAUACAUCAAGAUUCCACUUGUGUACGUAAGAAGCAUUUACUGAGUUUAGCUCUGUGCACUUUAGUCUCAAGCCCAAGAAAAUCUCCUGGAAUCGUUAACCUGUUAACUACAGUAUCUCAGACAUUAGUAACCUUAAGUCUUAUUGGAUGUGGUCUAUCAAGUGAUUUGAUUCCAGUGGAGCUUGGUGAUUUCUCCACACUGCAGAACUUGUAUUUAAGUAAGAAUCCAAUUGACAGCUUACCAGAUAGCAUCAAGAAGCUUACCAAUCUCCAGGUACUUGAGUUAGAGAAGUGCCAAGAACUUAAGUAUCUUUCAGAGAUUCCAGCCAGUGUCACAACGUUGAGCAUCUACGGAUGCAGGUCAAUCGAGCGGUUAUCAAAUUUACCAAACAUAUUGACAACAUUGGAAUUUCUUGUGUUAAGUUGCAACAAACUAAUUGAGGUUCAGGAAAUGUUCCAGCUAAAAUGUAUUUCUUUAUUUGAUGCUGAUUUAAUCAGCGUUCUGGGAUUACCCAACUUGAGUGACAUGAAAGUGGAUCUCUACAACAACCUGACUCUUACAAGAUGGAAAUGUCCUAUACAGGGCCUCUAUGAAUUUGGCAUAUUCAGUACUUCUUUUCACGGAAGUGAGCUUCCAGACUGGUUAAGCUACAAAUCUACGGGGUCGUCCUCAAUCAGUUUUGAUGUGCCUAAUCAUGACAUUCAGGGUUUAAACUUAUAUGUUAUCUAUGGAAAGGCCAAUAUAUCUUACUGUACAAAGAGAAAUAAAUUUUGGAAUGAGUUUCAUGUUAGAGUGGUAAAUAAGACCAAGGAUUUGAGAUGGACAUAUAGUCCAAUAAUUCAUGGUAUUCCAGAUAAUUAUGAAGAUAUCACAUGGCUAUGCAAUUGGGAAAUAGGAGAUCACUUGGAUCCUGGAGAUUCUAUGAGCAUUUCAAUGACUCUAUAUUCUGGUGUUCGAUUGAAGCAACUUGGCGUCCACAUUGUGUAUAAGAACAAUUUGAGAUGUAACACAUCACCAUCUCCUCAUCCACACAAUCUCAUUAAUGGGGUGGACAACUCUGCAUAUCAGGUUCAAGGCUCCUACUUGCUCUGUCAUCAUGACUUUGAUAUUCAACAAAACUAUUUCACUUAUGGCUGGAACUCAACGGGCUGGUAUGAUUUCUUCUUUGGUGAUAAUUCUGAAGAUUUUCCCGAGGAAAUGGUUCCCCGUCACAAUGCAGAUAUGACUGGAGAGAAUGUCUAUGGACUUCUAUCUGGAGUGUAGGAUAAUAAAACAUGACUGUUGCCAUGAUGCCGGAUUGCUGGUGUGGAGAGCUAAGGUUUUCUAAAUCAUAUAUGUUGGAAUUCUGAUCCCAAAUUUGCCUAAAGAAAUAGUAUAUUCAAUA